AUGUCGUCUUUCUUCACAGUCCCCGGCGCCAACAAGAAGCGGAAAAGGACAGACGCCCCCGCGGCCCCCAAGAAGCGAAUUGCCGCCUCCAAGACCUCCAACAGAGCCCCUCCGAAAUCGUCUGCGGCGGCCAAAGGCAGCAGCAAAGGCAAGAGACCAGCGGCACCGGCAGCACCCGCCUCCAAGAAGCGAAGUGAGCGCGACGACGACGACGAAUCGAUCUCGGGCAGCGAUUCGGACGAUGAGGGCAUAGUCUCCGCCGCGGAGGAGAGCGACAAUGGCUCGUCAGAGGACGACGGUGUCGCGGGCGAGACGGCCGCCGAGCGCCGCCUGCGGCUCGCGGAGCGGUACCUCGAGAACGUCAAGCAGCAAGUAGACGAGGUGGGCUUCGAUGCCGCGGAAAUCGACCGCGACCUGAUCAACGAGCGGUUACAAGAGGACGUGGCCGAGUCCAAGGGAAAAGUCUACCGCACCCUCGUCGACGAGCUCGCCUUCGACCGUGCGACCUCGUCCUUCUUCCGCAAUAACACCGAGACCUUCACCUCCGUCGCCUUCCCGCAGACGACCAAGAAGAAACCCAAGAAGCCGCCUGCCCCGCCGCGCAAGAAGCCCGAGUUGGAGAACUGGCUGAGGGGCAACCUGCACAACGCAACAAAAAAGUCGUUCCAGCGCCACGUCGAGAAGAUUUUGUGUGUUGCCGCAUCGCCGGACGGGAAGUACGUCGUCACGGGCGGCGAGGACCGCAGACUCAUCAUCUACGACGCCGAGACCCUCAAGCCCAUCCGCGUCUUCACCCACCACCGCGACGCCGUCACCGGCCUCGCCUUCCGCCGCGGCACGAACCAGCUCUACUCCUGCUCAAAGGACCGCACGGUUAAGGUCUGGAGCUUGGACGAGCUUGCCUACGUCGAGACCCUUUUUGGCCACCAAGACGAGAUCGUCGACAUCGACGCCCUUGCCCAGGAGCGCUGCGUCAGUGUAGGCGCGCGUGACCGGACAGCACGUCUGUGGAAGGUUGCCGAGGAGACACAGCUCGUCUUCCGCGGCGGCGCCGUUGACAAGAAGUCCCGUCCGGACGUUGACCCGCGCUCGCUUCCUCACGAGGGCAGUAUGGACCGCGUUGCCAUGAUCGACGAUGAGCUCUUCGUCACGGGCAGCGACAACGGCUCCCUCGCUCUCUGGAGCGUCACAAAAAAGAAGCCCCUCCACAUCUAUCCCAUGGCCCAUGGCCUGGAAGAAGCUCUUCGCCCGGACGAGGCGUCGGCGGACCACAACCCAGACCCGAGCGUCGUGCCGCCGCCGCAGCCGCGGUGGAUCACGGCGCUCAAGACCAUCCCCUACUCAGACGUCAUCCUCAGUGGAAGCUGGGAUGGUUGCAUAAGAGUAUGGCGUCUAAGCGAGGACAAGAGAAAGAUUGAAGUGGCAGGUGUUCUCACAUCAGAGGCCGAGCAGGCCUCGAAGGCCGCCAAGGGCAAGUCACAAGAUGCCGCUGGCGGCUUGAAGGGGGUGAUCAACGAUAUUGCCAUCUUUGAACGCGGUGACCGCGGGCAAGACGGCGUUUGCGUCGUAGCGGCGGUGGGCAAGGAACAUAGGCUAGGCAGGUGGCAGAUGCGCAAGGGCAAGGGCAAGAACGGCGGGUAUGUGUUCGAGGUGCCCAAGGUGUUGAAAAAGCCGGAAGUGAACGGCAACCAUAAUGAUGCAUCGAUUUCGGAAAGCGAGUAA